CCUCAUCACCAUCAAAUCAAAUCAAACCAAAUCCUCUAUUGCAAUUCACAACUUCUCUACAAAUAUUUUCUGUUCCAUUCAUUCAUUCAUCACUCAACUCAACAGUAAACAUGGGCAAUGACCAACAGCCGUUGAACGGCGCCUACUACGGCCCUGCCAUUCCGCCGUCAGGGCAACCACGCCAAAGCCACCACCGCGGCAGAAGCUGUUUCUGCUGCCUCUUCGGCGUCUUAUGGAAGAUUCUCAUAACACUAAUCGUCCUUGUUGGCCUCGCAGUUCUCAUCUUCUAUCUCAUAGUUCAACCCCGCCCCUUCAAAUUCUACGUCAAUGAAGCCAAAUUAACUCAAUUCGACUACACCAACAACACACUCCGCUACAACAUGGCUCUCAACUUCACUGCACGCAACCCCAACAAGAAACUCAGCAUCUACUACGACAAAGUGGAGGCUUUAGCAUACUAUGAGGAUUCCAGGUUCGCCAGUGAUGAUGUCAUCACCCACCUGAACUCAUUCCGGCAGUACAAGAAGAGCAGCAGCCCCAUGAGCGCCACAUUCUCCGGCGAACGAGUGAUGCUACUCGACAGUGAUCAGCUUUCAGAAUUAAGCAAAGACAAGAGUGCUGGUGUUUAUGACAUCUUUGUGAGGCUCAACUUCAGGAUCAGGUUCAGGCUCGGGGAUUUGAUAUCCGGCGACUACAAGCCUAAGGUCAAAUGUGAUCUCAAGGUUCCCUUCAGUAACAAUGCGACCUCCACUUUCUUUGCGGUUACCAAGUGCGAUGUUGAUUUCUGGAACUGAGUAUUGGACUUUUCUCCAUCUAUGCACACUUGGAAUUUUCUUCCUUCCUUUACCCAUUCUUUUCGAUCGGUUCUGGAUUAUACAUUUGUCAUUUUUUUAUUCAUUCCCUAAUAAUUAUAUGAUGUAAUAUAUACAUUUUCAUGCAAUAAAUUUUCUUAUAAAUA